CAGGAGUGUGAUUUCAUGCAGAAAGGUGACAAACGUUUUGAAUUUAAAACCAAAGCACCACUGAAGCACCUCUGCAGAGAGCGGGUCGCCAAAGCUUGCGAUGAUCAUCCCGUAAAAGAUGAUAUUAUUGGCUGCCUAGCUUGUUACUCACCAAAACAAGCCUCCCCUGUACUAUCGACUCUUGCUGCGACGACUUCUUCCCUCGAGCAUGCAAAACAAGAAACGGUAAAAAGCCAGGUGGAUUUAGCUCCAGAAACAAAUGUCGGGAAUGGAAACCUGCCGGACCAGAAGGCCAUGGAAAUACCGUGUGCCAACCGGUUACCAGGCUCAGUGGGUUUUUCGGUUACCUCAGAAGAUUAUCAGGUUUCAAAGGGACUCCACCAACAAGCAAAUCUAAGAAAGCGCAGAAAGAGGAAGAGACUCCUGCACGCAGAGUCAGCCCAUUCUUCAGGAAUGCCGUUAGUGAACGGAGACAGCGGACACAACCACCCAGAGGCAGAUAGCCACAAUGAGAAGGGAGAUGGUGAGACUGGUGCGGACGAUGGGAAUGAGCAAGAAGUCAUCGUUAUCCAGGAUACAGGAUUCACUGUUAAGAUACAUGCCCCAGGGAUAGAACCAUUUGAUCUGCAGGUUUCUCCUCAGGAGAUGGUGCAGGAGAUCCAUCAAGUUCUUAUGGACAGAGAGGAUACUUGUCAUCGGACCUGCUUCUCUCUGCAGCUGGAUGGAAAUGUUCUGGACAACUUCUCUGAGCUCAAAUCAAUUGAAGGCCUACAAGAAGGCUCUAAUCUGAAAGUGGUGGAAGAACCUUACACUGUCCGGGAAGCCCGAAUACAUGUGCGGCAUAUCAGAGACCUUCUAAAGAGCUUGGAUCCAUCUGAUUCCUACAAUGGUGUGGACUGCAAUUCCUUAUCAUUCCUGAGCAUGUUCACUGAGGGGGAUUUGGGAGAGAGUGGAAAGCGUAAAAGGAAAGGUUCUGAGUUAGAGCAAAUAGACUGCACGCCUCCAGAACACAUCCUCCCUGGCAGCAAGGAGCGCCCUUUGCUCUUCCUCCAGCCACAGAUCAAGGAUGCAAAGCCUCUGCAGUGCCUGAAAGUGUUGACCAUGAGUGGCUGGAACCCUCCUCCUGGUAACCGCAAGAUGCAUGGUGAUCUGAUGUACCUGUAUGUGGUUACUGUGGAAGAUCGGCAUGUUAGCAUUACAGCUUCAACACGGGGUUUUUACACCAAUCAGUCUACAGCCUACAGCUUCAACCCCAAGCCAGCAAACCCCAGCUUUCUUAGCCAUUCCCUGGUGGAAUUGUUAAGUCAGAUCAGUCCUACUUUCAAAAAGAAUUUUGCUGCCUUGCAAAAGAAGAGGGUUCAGCGGCACCCGUUUGAGAGGAUAGCAACUCCGUUCCAGGUGUACAGUUGGACUGCACCUGCAGUGGAACACGCCAUGGACUGUGUCCGCGCAGAAGAUGCAUACACUUCACGCUUGGGAUAUGAAGAGCACAUACCAGGCCAGACAAGAGAUUGGAAUGAAGAACUGCAAACUACCCGAGAGCUCCCCCGUAAGAACCUUCCAGAUAGACUUCUCCGUGAACGUGCUAUCUUCAAGGUGCACAGUGACUUCGCUGCAGCUGCGACUCGAGGAGCAAUGGCAGUGAUUGACGGCAACGUCAUGGCCAUUAAUCCUGGUGAAGAAACCAAAAUGCAGAUGUUCAUUUGGAACAACAUCUUCUUCAGCUUGGGCUUUGACGUUCGUGACCACUACAAGGACUUGGGUGGAGACAAUGCGGCCUAUGUGGCUCCCACCAAUGACCUGAAUGGAGUUCGGGCCUACAAUGCAGUUGAUGUGGAAGGACUUUAUACACUCGGGACCGUGGUUGUGGACUAUAGAGGAUACAGGGUGACUGCACAGUCAAUCAUUCCUGGAAUUCUGGAGCGAGAGCAGGAGCAGAGUGUUAUAUAUGGGUCCAUAGACUUUGGCAAAACAGUUGUGUCUCACUCCAAGUACCUAGAGUUGUUGGAGAAGACAGCUAGGCCUCUGAAGAUACAGAAGCACAAUGUACUGAAUGAUAAGAACGAGGAAGUGGAGCUGUGUUCCUCUGUUGAGUGCAAAGGGAUUAUUGGGAAUGACAGUCGCCAUUACAUCCUGGACUUGCUGCGUACCUUCCCACCAGACUUGAACUUCCUCCCUGUGGAAGGUGAAGAACUCCCAGAGGAAUGCAUUAAGAUGGGCUUUCCAAAGGAACAUCGGCACAGGCUAUCCUGUCUUAGGCAGGAGCUCAUUGAAGCCUUUGUUGAGCACAGGUACCUCGUCUUCAUGAAACUGGCUGCCUUGCAGUUAAUGCAACAAAAAGCCAGCAAGCAAGAGAAGGAUUGUCCCACUGUGACGGAGAACGGUAGCUCGUGCACCCCCGAAGCUACGGAAAUCAGCAAGACGAUGUCUGAAGAUGGUAAGGCUGAGGAAAACCUUUCGGGAUUAGAUCAAGCUAGAAAUCUUGCAGAGUCCAUUGCGUCAGAGGAUGGAACAGUUGACCCAAAGAGUAAAGAAGUCAUUCUGAAUGCCUGCAAAGCAGUCGGAUCUGUCAGCAGCACGUCCUUUGAUAUCCGCUUCAACCCAGACAUAUUUUCACCAGGUGUUCGUUUCCAUGACACCAGCAGUGAUGAACUCCAGAAACAGAAGCAAUUGCUAAAAGAUGCAGCAGCCUUCCUGCUCUCCUGCCAGAUUCCAACGCUGAUAAAAGACUGUGUCGACCACACUGUGCUUCCAAUGGAUGGUGCCACCUUAGCAGAAGCCAUGCAUCAGCGAGGCAUCAACAUCCGUUACAUGGCCAAGAUAGUGGAGUUUGUUUCAAAGAGUCAAGCAAGGCAGCAGUUAGACCAUAUCUAUAAACUUGGAGUGACUGAAUUAAUCACCCGAUCAGCUAAACAUAUCUUCAAAAUAUAUCUUCAGGGUGUGGAGCUGUCUGGUCUGUCUGUUGCCAUAAGCCAUUUCCUCAACUGCUUCCUCAGCUCCUUCCCAAACCCCAUUGCUCACCUCCCGACUGAUGAACUGGUCUCGAAGAAAAAGAGGAACAAGAGGAAACCCCGGCAUCUCGGAAAUGCCGAUAACACAGCCUGGGCGAGCACCACCCCCCAAGAGCUGUGGAAGAACAUCAGCAAUGAGACCAAGAGUUACUUUGACUUCAGUAUAGAUUGUGAGAGUGUGGAUCAGGUGGUAGAGAAAUAUGGCCUACAGAAAAUUAGUCUUUUGAGGGAGAUCUGUGUGAAGUCGGGUAUACAGAUUUUGCUCAAGGAAUACAACUUCGACAGCCGGCACCGACCAACUUUCACAGAGGAAGACAUCCUCAAUAUCUUCCCAGUCGUCAAGCAUGUGAAUCCCAAGGCAUCUGAUGCCUUCCAUUUCUUCCAAAGUGGGCAAGCUAAAGUUCAACAAGGGUUCUUGAAAGAUGGCUGUGAGCUCAUCAAUGAGGCCUUAAAUCUUUUCAACAAUGUGUAUGGUGCAAUGCACGUGGAAAUAUGUGCUUGCCUUCGGCUCCUAGCUCGGCUAAAUUAUAUCAUGGGUGAUUACAAUGAGGCUCUGAACAACCAGCAGAAGGCAGUGCUGAUGAGUGAAAGAGCACUGGGUGUGGAUCACCCCAACACAAUCCAGGAAUAUAUGCACCUUGCCUUGUACUGCUUUGCCAAUGGCCAGUUGUCAACUGCCUUAAAAUUAUUGUAUCGAUCUCGCUACCUCCUGAUCCUGGUGUACGGUGAGGAUCACCCGGAAAUGGCCCUGCUGGACAGUAAUAUUGGUCUUGUGUUACAUGGUGUUAUGGAAUAUGACCUUGCCCUGAGGUUCCUGGACAGUGCGCUGGCUAUCAAUGGAAAAUAUCACGGAACAAAAUCUCUCAAAGUUGCCUUGAGCCACCAUCUGGUAGCACGUGUUUAUGAGAGCAAAGCAGAGUUUCGAUCGGCGCUACAGCACGAGAAAGAUGGUUACACCAUCUACAAAAACCAGCUGGGUGAGAAUCAUGAGAAAACCAAAGAAAGCUCGGAGUAUUUAAAAUACCUCACGCAGCAAGCUGUAGCCCUUCAGCGUACCAUGAACGAGAUUUACAAGAACGGAUCAAAUGCCAGUAUUCUUCCACUCAAGUUCACAGCUCCCAGCAUGUCAAGUGUUUUAGAGCAACUCAACGUUAUAAAUGGGAUUCUCUUCAUUCCCCUCAGCCAGAAGGAACUGGAGAGCCUGAAAGCUGAGGUCCAGCGGCGGCAGCAACUGCAAGAGGCGGGCAAGAGGGCAGAGUGGGACCACCCCAGCCAGGAGAAAGGGACUGAACCAAAUCACAAGGAGGAGAGCCAACCAAUUACCGAACCGUCCACAGAACAGGCUUCAGCAUAAAAGGGUAUCUUUCCGGAACCUUCUGGAGUCUAAGGCCUGUGAUGACCUCUGUGCUGUGGGCUAGAGGAGACUUUGUGGCAAUAAGUGCUGUGUCUCGCGUGUGCACAACCAAAAAAUGCACUGGUACUAUUCAUGUGUUGCAUUUAGUGUUUUUUUUGGAAAAGAAAAAGAAUUUAAAAUCCUGCCAAUAGCAGAUCUGAAUAAUAUCAAAGCCUUAGCAGUGGCAGCAACUGCACAAUGAGUUUUCUAAAAAAAAUUAUAUUAAAAAAAAUGCUAGAUGUUUGGAAACUGUCACUUGUAAAGUUAUACAACUCACUUGUACAGUCAGUAAAACAAUCAGCCAUUUGUAAAGUACAUGUGUAAUAAUCUGAAAAAACUGUACAUAUAUCAAAUUCCAAAUGAAUGAUCCUUGAAAUACUUAAAUACUCAGGUCAUUAUGUUGGAGAAGGGCACCAACUGAAAAAAAAAUUGAGACUUUGAUAUUCAGAACCAACUUUUUCUGUUCAGUUUUGCAACUGUUAAUGACUAUUGCUGCUUUCCCAGCUAGUCCAGCAAAUUUAGCCAUAAAUCUGAUUUUUAAAAAACUGUACAGGGCAGUGGAAAGAUGAUGCUGUGACUCCCACCCCCACCACCCCAAAAUCUUUCACCUUGAUUUUCCUGUUCAAUUUUUUUUCAAAAACUGGUGUCUUUUAUAUCCCAAAAACUGCCCAAAGGAUUUCAAACAUGUUGCUAACAGGAUUGUUUUCUCUGGGAGACCUCCCCUCCAAACUCAAAUUGGAAAAGUGUCUUUAAAACUAAUGAAUAAUAAUUAGAAUCAAUCUGUACUUGUUUUUUUUUCGUAUCGCACUGUGACACGUUUCAAAGCUGAGUGUCUGAGGGACGGUGGGAUUUUCUUACUACAUGUGGUGAAGCCACUUGCAUCUAAAGAGCUGAUGUUGCACGGUGAACUCACGGGGAAACCUUUUAUUUUCCGGUGAUGACUGACCAAGAGAGAUGGUCCUCCUAUUUUUUAAAGUUAAAAUCCCUUGAACAAUAUAUGUAUGUUGUGGUACUGAUGAUGCAAAGAUACAUUUAUGAAGAGAAAUAAGUGCUAUAUAGUAUAUUCUCAAAUUGUAUAAUCGUAUUUCAUGUGAUGUGAUUAUGAAAUCAUUACACAGUAACUGCCUCUCAUUAAGAAUGUGUAAUAAGUGUUGGAGUAAGAUCAUUUUCUUUUUAUCGGGGUAACCAUGUGAUUGUCUAAAAGUUGCUUCCCAAACUAUAGUCUGGGUGUAUCUGAUCAAUGCAAAAUCAUUUUUAUUGCUGCACUCUUCCCCCACUGACAGUCAACGUUAUGCUAGAAGCUUUCAGAUUUUUCUCGCACAUUGGUGACGCCUCUGAAGCGGUGGGGCUGGGACUGCGUGUCAGUGUGUGGUAAUUUGGCAAAUCUGUGUAGGAAGCAACAGAUGCUGACGGGGAAUCUUCAAUGCAAAGCAACUUGUUCUUAAAUUAUUUCAAUUCACCACCAACUAUUGAAUAAAUGAUGAACAAGAA